AAUUAAGCCACUGAUCUGAACUCCAGCUCCAGUGUAAAGUCCCAGCAGCCGCUGUAGCCUUGGCAGCCUCAUCGUCCAACACCAGUGCAGGCGCCCCAGCGGCCAGAACCCAAACUUUCUUCCUCACUUCUUUACCUUCAACGACCCCCAAAUAAAAGUCGCGUCACAACUCGAUACGCCGCGCUAUUUGACGGCAACCUUCAGAAUGUCGACGCUUGCGGACGAGCUACUCCAGGACUUCGAAGACUCCGGCUCUGAUGCCGGAGGCGACGACCCCCAAGAUGACUUCUUAGACGACGGCGCCCUUUCACUUGGUGCCGAUGCAAAUGGCGACUCAGCAAUGAAUGACGACGACGAUGAGGCGGCCGAUCUAGCAGGCGGGGACGGCGACAGCGAUAGCAGCGGCGACAUGAUGAACGGGGUGGUCGACGACGUAGCUGGCCGCACCGACGACCCCGACGAGGCUAAGGCAAAGAUUGAAAAGAUGCAGCUGGGCGACGUUCGCGAUGUCCGGGCCGUUGCUGGACUCAUGAAGACCCUGACGCCAGUCCUCGAGAAAAUCGAACAUUACCAAUCAAAACCCGCCGAGUCGACCGACAUAGGCAGUGUCGAGGACCAUCCCGAAUACCAUCUUCUCACACAGUCGAACAGCUUGUCCACAUCGAUCGACAACGAGAUAGUUCUCGUACACAAGUUUAUCCGCGACCACUACUCAGUUCGGUUCCCUGAACUCGAAACCCUCAUCACCAAUCCUCUCGAGUAUGCAAAGGUUGUCGCUAUCCUGGGCAACGGCCCCAUGGACUCAGAAAGCAUCAAGGCGCUGCAAGUGUCGACGGACAACCCCCUUGGCGUGACGCUCAAGUCAGUGCUCGACGGACCGUCCUUGAUGAUUGUCACAGUUGAGGCUACCACGUCCAAGGGCCAGGCUAUGCCACAAGACAAGCUCGAGCGCGUGGUACAAGCUUGCGAGAUGGUGAUAGCGCUCGACAAAGCCAAGAAGACCCUCACCGAAUACGUACAGUCGCGUAUGAACAUAUUUGCGCCUAACCUCACAGCACUUAUCGGCUCCCUCACAGCGGCGCAGCUGCUCAACCAAGCCGGCGGUCUCACCGGCCUUUCCAAGGCGCCAGCAUGCAACCUCCCCGCGUGGGGAUCCAAGAAACAGGCUAGCGCAGCCCUUGCGACCAACGUUGGCAUACGGCAGCAGGGCUUCAUUUUCCAGUCGCCAAUCCUCCGAGGUAUUUCAAACGAUCUCAAAAAGCAGGCCAUGAAGAUGUUUGCAAACAAGAUUGUCAUGUGCGCGCGUUGCGACUGCUUCCACCAGUUUCGUGAUGGGUCCGAGGGCGAACGGCUAAAGGACGAGUGCCUGGACCGUCUCGACAAGUUACACCAAAAGCCUCUAAACAAAGGCGCCCGCGCCCUCCCAGCGCCGGACGACAAGCCCAGCAGGAAGCGUGGAGGCCGGCGUGCCCGCAAGGCGAAGGAGGCCACGGCGAUGACAGACCUCCGCAAGGCGCAGAAUCGCAUGGCAUUUGGCAAAGAGGAGAAGGAGGUGGGCUACGGAGUGGGCGACAGUACAAAGGGCCUCGGCAUGAUCGGAGCACGGGAUGAUGGACGUCUUCGUGUUGCGCAGAUCGACCAGCGCACGCGCGCCAGGUUGAGUGCCAAGAGCAAGGGGUGGGGCGGCGCAACCUCUCUCGCCAGCGGCAGCGCGUCCUCGCUCAAGGGCUUUGGUGUCGGUGGCAUGGGAAAAAUCAGCCUGGCGAGCAGCAAGGGUCUGCGUGCCUCAGGUGUGGGUUCCACGGUGGGCUCAAUUGCGGGCACGGUUUCCUCGCUCGCCUUUACGCCGAUGCAAGGCUUGGAGCUUGUUGAUCCCAAAGUCCAAGCAGAGCUCAGUCGCAAGCGCAAGGCAGACGAGGAUCGAUACUUCAAAGGCGGGACAUUCACGCAGAUCCAGGGUUCCAGCGCGGCGGGGAGCAACGACGGGUUCAAAAAGCCUGAUUUACCUCCGAGAAAAAAGAUUGACACUGGCGCGACCAAGUCCUCUGCGCCAUCAUUUGUACGCUAGAUGAUGGCAUUCUGUCAUGACAUCGGCUUUUUCUUUUUUACGUACUAUGGGGAGGGGCGAGUCAGGGGCGAGUGGGGUUACUCUGCGAUCAUCGUUUACUGGCGUCUUGGAAGAAGGCCGUCCGUUGCUUGUACUUUUAAUUUUUUCCCCAUGUCACAUUUGGGACGCUAUACCCGUGGAAGAUCAACUGGGGUCGGAGGUAAUCUAAGAGGUACCAACUCAAACGGUUUCUCGUCUACCUUUCAAGGUUAACUUUGCCUGCGGAUACCUUAGGACGGUAGGCACAUAGCUGGUAGACAGGAAUGCUCGUUUUAAGUAUCGCCCCUAGGACCUCGGGUGGUAUGUCUUAUUCGUGGACGCGCGGCUCGCCUUACCUUAGAUUUGCGAUAACACGUCAGACCCGUAGCUUGCCUGAACGUUGUUAACUUGAAU